UUUCUCACUUCCCCUUCUCCCAAAUUCCCACCCUUUUUCCACUCCUUUCCCAUAAAUCCCAAGUGAAAAAUUGAGCCCAGAAAGGGAAAUUCUUUCCUUCAAGAAAAAGAUUGAACCUUUUAAUUUUGUGAUUUAUUCAAGAUUCAAGAAAUGGACAUAGAGUUGGCAAAGUGUGAGUGUUGUGGGCUAAAAGAAGAUUGCACACAAGACUACAUUAGCCAAGUUAAGGAGAAUUUUGAUGGGAAAUGGUUAUGUGGCCUUUGUUCUGAAGCUGUUAGAGAUGAAGUGAAUAGAGGAAAAAAACAAUUUCUUUGUAUGGAAGAAGCUGUGAAGGCACAUAUGUCAUUUUGUAGAAAAUAUAAGUCUAAUCCUGCAAUCAAAGUAGCUGAUGGAAUGAGGCAAAUGCUAAGGAGAAGGUCUGAUUUGUCGUCGUCCUCAUCAUCAUCUUCAAAUUCUUCUAAUUCCAAGAAGUAUUCAAGAUCAGCAAGUUCAAUAUCUCAAAUUGGAAUCGGCCUUAUGGAUUCCCACUUCUUCACUUAAGAGAAAAGCAGAAAAAAGGGUAACUUCAACUUUUGGUGGAAACAUAAAAAGGUCUUAACAACAACAACAUCAACAAGUGUUAUUUUGGAGAAGUCUUUCUUGAUCCCCAUCUUGUCUUGUACAGAGGAUGUUUGUUUUUUCAAUGGAGGCUACUAGUGGAUGUAGUAUUUGUUUUUAUUUUUAGAUGGUAUGAUCUACUUAUUACUUUUUCACGACAAUCAAUGAGGAGAUCUUCAACAAUAAUAAUAACUACAUCUCAAUUACAAAUAAGUUAGAAAUUGGCUAUAUGAAUUUCAUUUCGUAUUAUCACAAGUGAUCUUCAACACAAAAAAAAAAAGUAUU